GGCACACAGGCCAAAGGGAAACCUCCCGGUGCCGGCAAGUCAGGCUCCUCCGCUAAAGGCUCCGCUUCCGCCUCUGCCUCGACGACCACUACCACCAGCAGCAGCAGCAGCACCUUCAGCAGCAAACAGGAGGCACUGUACAGUCUGCACAAUGAACAGCAGCAGCAGAAAUCGUCGACCACCACCAGCAGCAAGGCGUCCUCGCUGGGCGCCGCUGGAGUCAACUCUGCUUCGACGACCAGCAACAGCACCAGCAGCAGCAAUUCCCUUCGUGCGGUAUCGCAGCAGCAGUCUCAGCUGUCAGCGAAACGGGACCGGGAGCACAGCAGCAGCAGCAAACACCAGCAGAAAGUAUUCACCGGGGCGAGUAGCGGAAGUGCACGGCAGCCUUCCUCGGGCGCCGCCAAGGACGCAAAGGAGUCUUCAUCAUCUUCCUCGUCUACCAAAGAGCGUUUUUCCUUUUUGGCAUCUCACGCUAAAAAGGACAGCCUCUCAGCCAGCAAAUCAGCCACCACCACCAGCACCAGCACUUCCAAGUCAUCGUCCUCUGCUGCUGCUGCCGAUGCUGCUACCGCCGCCGCCGGCAGCCGAAAGGCGCCUACACAGGAGAAAAAGUCAUCAAAAGCCGCCAAGUAUGCCCACAGCUCAUCGCCCAUGUCCAGUGACAAGGACGACAUUGCCGGGAAAAAGUCAAAGGGCAAAAAGGAGGCUCGUGAUCGACUGACACCCUCUAAGCUGUACAGUUCCUCGAAAGCUGCUGCAAAGGUCGCCGCUGAAGCGGGCGAGGGUAUCAGCAACAGCAAAAAGAGCAAGUCGGCAAAGGGCGAUAAGGAAAAGAAGAGCAGUAAGAAGGAGAAACUGCUGAAGAAGAAAAAGUACCAGAGCAGCAGCAGCAGUAGCAGUAGCAGCGAGGACUCUGAUGUGGAGAGUGACGUCAGCGACGAUGGCAGCGAUGAUGACCAGCUGAAAGCCAAACGACAACUGGAAAAAAAGCUGAAGCUGAAGCGGAAGCUGAACAAAAGCAGCAAGAAGGCGUUGCGGAAGGCGGCGGCGGCACAGCUGCAGCUACUGAACAAGAAGAAGCUCCAGCUGAGCAGUGAUGAUUCCCAUGACAGUAGUGAUGAUUCGAACAGUGAGGAGGAAGAAGAGGACAAGGAGCCGAUCAGGAUGACUCCCGCCAAGUACCAAACACCGGAAAAGAAAAGGGACUCGAAGCUGAGCAAGAAGGAGAGUAAGACUAAGGGUGGCAGCAGCGGCAACAGCAAGGCCAAGAAACAGCCAUCAGAGCUGGCGAGGAAGCGAAAGAAGCACGAGGUGAGCAGUGAUAGCAGCAGCAGCAGUAGCAGUGCCUCCUCUUCGGAGAGCAGCGACGAGGACAGCGACGAUGCUGAGACGAAGGGGGCGAGACCAUCGGCGACAUCGGCAGUGAUGAUGACCAGUGGCAAGUCGAAGACGACGACCAAGCGACGUCGCCACCACUCGGGCUCAUCGACGCACAGUGCAGCUGAUCACCCGAUGACGACCGCCACCAGUGACCGUCAACGACUGAGCACGUCCGCCUCUGCCUCGGCCAGUCACCUUUACAACGCUCGAAAUGCUCAUCUCCACCACCAGUCACCACAGCGGCAACAGGCGGCGGCGGCACUUCGAGGCGGAAACAGCAGCGCUCGCAUGCGUCUCGACGAUUCAGAUGAUGAAGACUCGGACGAGGAGGAGGCAGUCUCGGACGCCUAUGAGCGACCCGAAUCGGCGGCCAGUGGUUUCAGCAGCAGUUCGGCCAAGCAGCUGCAGCAGUUGGCGUACUCAAAAUCGCAGAGCUCAAAGAAGCGCCGGCACAACUCUGGCUCAUCGCAGGCGUCAGUCGCCUCUUCGACGGCCUCCGCUACGGGCACUCCUUCUUCAAUCUCUGAAGGGCCUGCCGCCUACCUCUACCACCCACAGGCGGCCGCCCAGAUGGCCAAAGGCGCCCAGAAUCUGAUGAAUCAGGAGCACCCAAAGCUGUACGGCGGUAACGGCAGAAAGAGCAAACAGCAGCAGCAACAACAGCAAGUGCAGGCAUCGAAGCUGCUCAGUGAUCCGCUGGGCCACUUUCCCUCGCUGCUGGCCAACGCCAAAAUGUCGCACUCUCCCUUCUCCGACGGCUCCUUCUCGACGACGCCCGUCUCCACGUCGCACCUGUCGCCGAAUGUCGCCUCACCGGCGCUCUCCGCGUCGCCCAGUCCGUCGCAGAAAAUGAUCUCAAGUUACAAAAGCUCGCAUCUCCACGAGGACGGCAGCAACGGGAGCAAUGGUAGCGGUGGCGGCGGAAGUGGCGGCGGUGCCAACUUCAACUCAAAGAAGGAGAGCAGCUCCAGCAGCUCCAAGCGAAAGGUGGUCGAGGAACAGCAGAAGAUCAGCAGCAGCAAUCACAUUGAGACGAGCCAUCUCUGCCAGACGCGAAUCAAGUACUGCGUCAACAAUGAGGUGGCACUGAUUGAGAUUAAGCAGUUCAACCAGGGCAAAAUAUGGGACAACAGCAAUGAGUUUAAGAAGGCCAAGAGCCUGCUCGAGUCCUCCAAGUCCUCCAGCUCUUCCACCUCAAAAACGGGCACCAGCUUGGGAGGCAGCAGUGACAGCGGAGUCGGCAGCUCUUCCUCUUCUUCCUCCAAAAAACAGUCCUCGUCGUCGUCCUCGUCCAAGCCAACGGCCAAGGGUGGCAGCAGCAACAGCAGCAGCAACUACGAGUACCUCUUUAAGCGGGACCGAGAGACAAACAACAACAACAACAACAGCAAUAAAAAGGACCCUGCAGAUGAUGUGGACAGCGACCACAGUGACUACCACCCCAAUCACCACCAUCACGCACACAAUCACCGUGAUCAUCAUCAGCAGCAGCACUCUGACUCUGAGCAGUACUCUUCGGCGGCCACCACACCCGAGUCCGAGUCGCACUCUGAAGUGGAUAGUGACCUCGAUCAUCAUGGUCAGCACCACCACCAGGGCAACCGACAUCAGCGGAACAACAGCGGCAACAACAGCAGCAGCAGCAACAACAGCAAGUUCACCCCGAACCGACAGUCGAAUCCAUUCGCCUCGUUGCUGUCGCCGCAGACUACGCCCAACAGCCGGGGCGGCAUUCCGCCCAGCAACAUCUACGCCCGGUCAGGCAACCACAGUGGAGUGCCACUGCAGCACGGAUCGUCGCCCUUUGAGCGCCUGUACCAGAACAUGUACGGCAGCAGCGGCAGCACGAACACCUCUCCGGGGGCACAGCAUCAGCAGCACCACUACCGCCACUCCAGUCAGUCGCCCAACACCGGCGGCGCCGUUUCCGCCACUGAGAUUCGCGAGAUGCACAGCAAAAUAGUGACCCUCGGGGACACUCACAAGCUGCAGAUGGUGAUUGACCUGGUGGAGGAGCGCCACGGCACCAGCUGCUUCCACAUUGACGACAACCACCUGCAGUUUGACCUGCUGAAGCUUGACCAGUCGACGCUGAUGGAUAUUAAGCGAAUGAUCUACUGA